AAAAUCAUCAAAGUUCCAAAAAAAGUUGCAAAACAUAAAAUAAUUAACUAAAUAAUAUCAUCAUCACUCAGAGGUAAGUUCUCUUCUCCUUCAUCGGAUACGACCAAAUUAAUAUCUUCACUGUCAUCUUCAUUAUCUACAAGUAUAAGCACGCAUAGAGCUUGAGGCUUGUUCUCUUGUGCUUGUGCUACCUCUAGUAUGAUACACUGCUUCCGACGCUCCAGAAGCUCUACCAUCGUUUAAUUUUGGGAAAUUGUUUAUAAUUGCUAUGUUAAAAAAUUUAGUAAAAAAAAGAUGAAUAGUAGAUUUGAGUUCUUUUUCCACUAAUCCCUAAUUCCCUACCAUAAGAGUAAAAGUUCAUUGAUUUGAAAUAAUAUUGUAGAAAGUGAAAAAAAUGAGAAAAAAUGAUUUCUACAAUUUAAAUUUAUUUCAAACACCGCAUCACAAUAUAUCCACACUACUAAAUUUUAUUACUGCAAUAAACACCGUAAAUGUAAUAACUAUUUUAUUUAUAUUGCAUAGUUAACGUUUAUGUUGUUAGUAAAGCGUACUAACGGAAUAAGUAUUUAUUUACUUUUAAAAAUUGAAAAUAGACGAUUUACUAACAUUAUUUCUAUUAUCAGGAAUUUUCAAUUCCAUAACAUAGAUAAAAGAAUUAAUUAUUUUGAUUAGUCCUUCUCAUUUCCAUAACAUAGAUAAAAGAAUUAAAAAUUAAUUAAUUCAUUUAAAAGUGAAGCGUUAAAUAAUUAGUCCUUCACAAGUUAUUUUAAUUCUUUUAUCUAUGUUAUGGAAUGAAUAAUGAUUAGUAUUAUAGGAAACUACUAUCACACUGCUCACAAGUGCAUCAACUUAGUUAAUUAAGUUAGGUCUCGAAACCCAACUAACAAACUUGAUUUGGCAUGUAGAUAAAAUAUCACAUGGCCAAGCGAAUACUCGCACGAAACAUGAAAAAUGAAUUAUAGGAAACUCAUGCAUGCCUUUCUUACUUUUUUUUUUCUUUCUAACAUGUAAUUAGAAAAAGAAAUGACAAGAAAUGAUUUAAAAAUAAUACUCCCUAUAGUUUGUGACUCUGAUCAGCACAAUAAAUGACACGUCUUUGUUAGCAAAGUUGACUCAUAUUUUAAGAAAUAUUUUAGAACUCAUAUUUAAAGAAUUAAAUAAGUAUACUAAAUCAGUGGAGCAGAGUGAUUGACGGAGACCGUGAAAUAAUUAUCCAGUGCAACGCGGUGUAGGUGAGCCAUUUCCCAUUUAUCCACACUCACAUCGAUUUCUCGUUUCCAUCAAACCGACAACUGUUUCUGCUUCUCCUUCCUCUCUUCCUGUAAAAAAAAGUGAAUGGAUGCCUUUGUUUCUCAAUUAGGCUCAACGGCGACCCAGCCGACCCAGGCGCUCCACGGCGACCCAGCCGACCCAGGCGCGCCCCACCGUCGCUCCACGGAUCUCGCACGACCCCGCCGCAUCGGGGCGAUGUCGGUCUCGGCCCUUGCGACCCGCGACCCAAGCGCGCUCGGGGCGCGAUUUUAACAACACUGUAUCGAACUGGUUCACUAAAUUUGAAAUCAACGAUUUGGAUUCGUUGUUUAUCUUGAGAGAUUGAGCCUACUUCAUAGUUUGUGGAAAUAGACAUCCACGACUCUUUUAGUUCAAAUUUAACCUUUCAUAAAUUCUUCGUCUGGCUAAGGUUGAUGUUCACAAGAAAAAGUUAUGGCCAUGUGUUUGAAAUCGCAAACAGGGUCUAGUGACACAAAAAAACUACUUCAUUACUGCAUUGGAUUUUCUCUGAUGAUAUUACAGGGUUCUGUUUUCAUGCAGUGUAAUCUCGGAAAUUGGGUCAUAUUUACAACUCUUUAUCUUGUCAAAAAUCCCACUGGUCUGAGCACAAGUUAAGAUGCGAAGAGAUGAAGUCACUGUACAAAGCUAACUAUACAAUGCCAAAAUCCAAUUUGAGGGGAAAGAAAGCUUCAGUAGCACCUUUGGACAGAAGCUCAAAGAUUUACAAACCUUCAAACAAAAUACUUUUCCCAUAUGAGGAAUUUCUAGAAUUUUUCACUUGGGGCAAACCAGGCUAUCCUCCUUGUGGACUUCUUAACUGUGGAAACAGUUGCUUUGCUAAUGUGGUUCUUCAGUGUCUCGCAUACACCAGGCCACUUGUUGCCUACUUGUUGGAGAAAGGCCACCGCAGAGAAUGUCAAAGGGAUGAUUGGUGCUUUCUUUGUGAAUUUCAAUUGCACAUGGAAAGGGCUAGCCGAAGUGAUAAUCCAUUUUCUCCAAUGAACAUUCUUUCAAGAUUGCCUAACUUAGGUGGUAAUCUUGGAUAUGGGAAACAGGAGGAUGCCCAUGAGUUUAUGAGGUUUGCCAUUGACACAAUGCAGUCUGUGUGCCUUGAUGAAUUUGGUGGAGAAAAGGUAGUUCAUCCUAGCUAUCAAGGGACAACCCUUGUUCAACAUAUAUUUGGGGGUCGUCUUCGAUCACAGGUUAUAUGCGGGGAAUGCAACAACGUUUCAAACCAAUUUGAAAAUAUGAUGGAUUUAACUGUUGAAAUUCAUGGGGAUGCUGGAUCUCUGGAGGAGUGUUUGGAUCAAUUUACUGCCAAAGAGCAGCUUCAUGGGGAUAAUAUGUAUAAAUGUGACGGUUGCAAUGCGUAUGUCAUGGCUUGGAAGCACCUUACUGUUCACCGAGCACCAAACAUUCUUACAAUUGCCUUGAAAAGAUUCCAGAGUGGAAGAUUUGGGAAACUUAAUAAGAGGGUGACUUUCCCAGAGACAUUGGAUCUUAGCCCAUACAUGAGUGAAUUGGAAGAUGGAAAUGAUACUUACAAGCUGUAUGCUGUUAUUGUCCAUGUGGACAUGCUGAAUGCAUCUUAUUUUGGCCAUUACAUAUGUUAUAUUAAGGAUUUCCGUGGAAGCUGGUACAGAAUUGAUGAUUGCAGGGUUGCUAGCGUUGAUUUGGAUGAGGUGCUUUCACAGGGAGCCUAUAUGCUCUUGUACAGCAGAAUACACGCUCGCCCAUCAUGCUUGCUUCCCACUGAAUUGCUGAUGAAAGAAGAAAGUGAGAAAGUGAAAAUAACUGAAGUGGGCUCUUCUUCCACGAAACAACAUGCUGAGUCAUCGCCUGAUGUAGUAUGCACUGACAGUCAUGUCGAUUUGGAGCAAUCAUCUUCAAAUAGUUUGGGGUAUCAGGUCAAUGUUGGGGGAAAAAUUUCAUCAAGUGCAGAAGAUGCAAAAGGAGACGCAAAAAUAGCCGACUUAAGUUUGCCCAUUGUCAAUGAUGCUGAACUUCACAACAAGGGGUUGCCCACCACACCAAAAGAGGUCCCUUCCACCGGAAAUCAUGAUGGUGGGACAUAUCUCACUAGCACUUCAGUGAUUGAUACUUCUUCUACAGAAGUGGAUGCGAAGAGUUAUGGGACAUCUUCAUCUACUUCUGAUGUUAAAGCGAAUUGUGGAAAUGAAAUCAAUAUCGAACAGGGUUCAUCCAGACAGUUGACUGAAGUGCCCACCACUACAGUUGGGAACUGUAAAGAUGAUGUAGACAGCAACACUUGUAGUAUCCCAACCAGGGAUACUACUGCCGGUGAGAUCUCAGAUAAAGAUCACUCUGCUAGUUCAACAUCUAAUAAUGGAAAUAUUGGGCCGGGGAAUGGCUCAUCAUCCUCUGAUACUAUAAAUUCCAUGAAGAAAGCAGAUGGAGGAAGUUCCACAGAAAAGUGUAAGCCACUCUUCCGUCCUGGUUUUUUGGGAAAACAGCCACUAAAGAAAAGUGUUAAGCUAGACUGUAAAAGCCACCUGAAUAAUCAUACAGAAAGAGUUGCAAAGUCUGGUUUACCACGUGAAAAUGGUGGCUUACUGGAAAACAGAAAGUUGCACGAUACACAUGUGAAUGGAGAUGUUUCUACAGAAGCAGAUACGUGUAAGAGCCUUUGGAAUGGAAAUUCCUCGAGUGAAAUAUGAUGAGAUGAUGAUGACUAACACAAUUGAUGCAGGAGGUAGAAACUUCAGAUCUCUUGAGAAGAUAUACCAUCCCAUAGGAGGGAGGCGUGGAAAACUUCACUGGCAGAGUGAUGCUCGAAUAUGUCGAAUCAAAUUGCAGAAGAUUGGAGAUCUUCUGUAAUAAUUCAAGAAUGCUGAUGUGUUGAAGAGAUUGAAACCGGAUAGUUUUAGAAAUAACGUCGAUAAUGUGAUGGUAAGAGCAUAUUUAUUUUCCAUUUUCUUUGCUGUUUAUAGCAUUCGAUUAUCCCAUCCCCACAACUGGAUGCGCUGGGAAUGCAUAUCCUUGGUUUCAAAAUUUACAGGAAUCUUGGAUACUAGUCUUCUUGUCUCUCCUUUAAAAUUACUUUACUCAAAUCUAAUUUCCUUUUGUUGCA